AUGGGACCUAAAAAAGGGCCAAAUGGAGGGUCGUUGUACCCAGACCAGCCAGACUACAAAUACACAGCACCCGAUUUCAAGCCUGCAGCACAAGCGGACUCUCCUGUCGAAGUAAAAGUUCGCCUCGCCAAUCCAAGCUCACGUGAUCUCGAGUUCUGUAUGUUUGUGAACCAGUCUACUAGCUUUGAAGUGAUUCGAGAAGCCAUUAUCAAACACCACGGCGGUAGCAUUGUCGAUGUCUUCAUGUGUAUCAACUACUUCCGGCGGGAUGAAUGCGUAGAUGUGACAAAGCGGCUCAAGGACUAUGGGAUCACCUCUGGUGAAUGCAACGUAUACUACGACUUCACUGCAUUUUCCAGUCCCUUACUUGCCGCUUGA